GCACGGAGCCUAUUGGUGUAACAUACGACAGAAAGUUCCAUCAGCAUGGUUGUCUCAUGGUGCAGUUAUAGGUUACUUAAAACCUUAAGAUGUCUAAAGUUAAACUGAAGAAACGUGCUGAAAGUGUUCAGACUAAUGGUCAGUCAAAACAGAAGAAGAAAAAGAAACAUGAUAACAAUAAAAAGACGUUCUUCUACGACACAACAACAGUCAUAAAUAAGAAAACGAAACCAAAAACUGUAAAGCUAAGUAUUAUGCCCCCCACAAAAGUUGAAGAGUAUUCGUGCAACUGGAAGACGUUACUGCAGACUAUUGCUGCAAAUCCUGAAAAGCAGGAUGCAAACGCUAAAGGAAAGCAGCUUCAGAAGACGCCGUCAGUUUCCAAAGACUCUCAUAAACCAGAUAAACCCUUCAAAAAACCUGCACGGACUGUCAAACCUGCUUCUGAGAAAGAUAGAUUCCAACAGAACGGAAAAGACUCCACCGGACACAAACAAUUCAAAGCAGAGAAGAGGAAAAGAAAGGAGGAAAAAGAGAAACAGAUGAACAAAAAGAAGAAAGUUGAGGAGGUGGAAAUUAAAACCGCGGAGCCUGAUAUCUGGUUUGAUGACGUGGACCCUGAUGACAUCGAGGCCGCCUUGGGGCCCGAGGCUGCAGACAUCGUACGGAAACGUAGCGGAAUGCUGAAGUCCAGUGCAGAAGUCACAGAGAGCGUGCUGGUGAAAGAGCACGCGUUUGAGGGAUUGACCCGUGCUGUUGCUAUGGACUGUGAGAUGGUGGGCGUCGGGUGUGACGGUGAGGACAGCAUUCUAGCACGAGUCUCCAUCGUCAACCACUUUGGGAAGUGCAUCUAUGAUAAAUACGUCAAACCCACGGAAAAGGUUACGGACUACCGGACGGCUGUUAGCGGCAUCAGACCGGCGGACAUUGAAAACGGUGAGGACAUCAAGACAGUCCAGAAAGAAGUGGCUCAGAUUCUGGAAGGAAGAAUAUUAGUGGGACACGCCAUUCACAAUGACUUAAAGAUUUUGUUGCUGGAUCAUCCCAAGAAAAUGAUCAGAGACACACAGAAAUACAAACCAUUUAGGCAGAGAGUAAAGAGCGCACGUCCUGCAUUGCGGGUUUUAUGCAAAGAGAUUCUCAAUGUUAAAGUCCAGCAGGGUGAACAUUCAUCUGUUCAGGACGCACAGGCCACUAUGAGGUUGUACACUCUGGUGAAGAAGCAGUGGGAGGCGGAGCUUAAAGCGGCCCGGGCGGGUCCAUUUCAGAAGAGCCCCCGAAAACCCAAAGCUCCUAAAAACCAGAGCAAAUCAACUCAGAUCAGCCAAUGAAAACUCGUCAGACUGAAACUGAACACGGAUCUGAGCAGGGAACUACUUUACUGACAUGGUUUGUUCUGGAGGUUUGUAACCUUCAGUUACCUCAUGAUGAACUGUGUUUAAUACUCCUGUCUGAAUGUCUCUCAGUUUGUACUUUGAUCUCAAGUCCCAACUUCUGUUAUUUGAGGGAUGAGACCAUCAAACCGUUCAGAAUAUCAGGAAAUAAGUGUAACUGUAUUGUUGAGCCCUUUUUAUACCAAGUAAUUUAAAUGUUCAUUUUCCAUCCUGUUUUAAAUUACAUGACAGAUGUAACUGUUAUUGGAGACUUUCCAUACUUUUCUGUCUGAACUGCUAUUAAAGACCCCAUACUUGAUGGC